AUGCUUCAUUCAAUAUACGACCUCACAACUUCGUGUCGCAAGACGUCUGGAGAGGUUCCCGCAAAGCUUGUGGGUGCAUCUACUACCGUUGUGGGGUCCAAGAUGUAUGUCUUCGGAGGCCGUCUGGUGUCGGAGCGGAAGAUGAUAUCCGACGUCUAUGUUUUCGACCUGGAGUCGUUCGUGUGGGAGAAGAUACAACCAUUUCCUGAGGAUGACAUCCCUAGGCCGCGUUACUUCCAUAGCGCAGAUGCUUGGAAUAACCAGUUGAUCAUAUUUGGAGGAAUGAGCAAUCAGCCGGAUUCACAUAACCCAGAUGAGCUCUGUGUAUUGAACGACGUUCGCUUCUUCGAUCUCUCUACGCGACAUUGGAUCCCUCCAUCCCAGUUCCCCACCCCCGUGUCAGAAACAUUCGUCCCUCGGGCUCGUUAUGCUCACCUAUCAUCAGUUACCGCCGACCGCUUGUUUAUCAUUGGUGGUCAAGAUUUCUUCAACACUUGGCUGGACGAUAUUUGCGUUUAUGAUCUUCUUGGGAAGACAUGGGUUCAACGACGCGAUUAUCCGAGGCAUUGCGGCACAUACCGUAGUGUAGCAGUGGCUUCUAAUCUCUGUGUACGUCGCGCACACGAUGAAAAACGUGAUAGCUCGAAUCUGGGAGCACCUGGGACCCGUUUUCGCGAUACGGACACACCCACACAACUUGAUUUCACCUCCACAGAUUCAUUGGUUCAUCUUCCUUACUCCACGGCGCCGACAGAAGAUUACCCAUCGAACAUCUAUCUUUAUAGCAACUACAAUUUCACCGAUGUCAAACGCGAACUUGAAGUUUUCUCUCCUCUUCCCGACACCGAUUUUACAAUACAGGAUCGAUCCGCAGCCAUGACCGGAAGCUCUUUUCCUCCCGGCCUUCGGUUCCCCACCGGAGCGAUACUCGGUACAAACUUGAUCAUCGCUGGGACCUAUCUCGCCCAUACCAAUCAGUCCUUUUCUAUUUGGGUUUUAGACCUUUUAACCAUGACAUGGUCGCGUAUAGAAACCGGGAAAGCAGUGGAUGGCGGCUCAUGGUUCCGUGGCUGUCUGUGGGCGGAUGCGAAUAAGUUCCUGAUAUUCGGCAACCGCAACGGCCAUCUUGUAGACGACUACAAUCGUCGACUUCUGAGCUGGGAACAUGUUGCUGUGGUUGACUUGGAGGCAUUUGGGAUCUACCAGCCGCCACCGCUCAAACGAAGCAUUGACAUGCAGGAGUUGGGACUGGCGGCACUUGAGGAAGGUGUUCUCGCAGAUUUCGAACUGAUUUGCGAUGAUGGUCGCAGGAUCAGCUGCUCCCGGAAAAUCCUAGAGGAUCGUUGGCCUUGGUUCAAGGACCAGAUGAGGAAGUUUUUACUGCUCGCAAUGGAUACAAGUGCUCAGCUGCCUACCUCCCCCAUGCAUGUCGAUAACCCAAUCCUUCCGGGAGCUACCUCAUCUAAUGAACAGAGACCGGACCCUCGCAUGACCCCUCGAACUUUACAUCUUUCUGAACCGUACGCGAUAACGCUGGCCCUCGUGCGGUAUUUCUAUACCCUUGCUUUACUUACUCCCCUUCAACUCGCUCCGGCAGUCCUCAGUCAAUUGCUGGUGCUCGCGACCAAUUAUCGCAUACCACAUUUGGAAUUACUAGUCAAACAUGCGAUGCACCGUGCACUUUCCAAUUCGACAUCUGUAGGUGUUUAUGAGAUAGCUACACUGUGUGGUUGUCGCAGCCUGCAAAUCCGCGCCUUGAGGAGGGUCAUGACUUACACACAGACGCAGAAAAAGCCAGGAUCAAAGCGAAACGACAGAGAAAAUGGUAGUGGUUCACGACCACCGGACGGUGGAUCAGGAGGUGGUCCACCUGGCAGCGGCACUGAAGGUUCUGAUACACCGACCUCAAGACCGAGGGGUACUUCCGACGCACGCUGGCAGACGGCGGACAGCGACACCAACAAUCUAUACAACUCACAUAUGCGCACUUACCGUACUUCAGCAAGAACACCCGCUUAUGACACAACCGCCACCUCCAACAUCUACGACGACCACGACCACGACCACGACCCCUCGCCUCUUCCUGUCUUCACCCGCCAAAAUCCAGUGAACCAAAAUCAAAUGAACCGCUCAAGCGUUGUAUCUAUAGCCACCGAUCGGGAAUUGCGGGAUGUCGCUGAUAUCAUUGAACCUAUGGUUCGCUUACCCCUUGGACGACCCACUCACAGUCGUGCGUAUAGCGAUGAUGCUAACGUCUACAUUGAUCCUGCGAUGUAUCCGCGUUCGGAGCCGUCUCCGUCCAGAUUUACUCAAACCCCAUCCUUUGGUCCGCGUUCGGAAUCAUCAUCCAGAUAUAACAGCCCGACGUUUGGCUCACCGUCAAGCUAUUCGUCUGAGAAUCAAUACGAUGUGUUGUCGCCGGAUGGACGAGUUGAUCGUGUUUACCUCCCUCCCUCUCCCAUGAUACCUUCAUUCCACCUGCCGCUCAUGCCGCCAUUUACUCAAACCCCAUCCCUUGGCUCAGCGUCAAGUUCGUCUGAGAGUCAAUACGAUGGGUUGUCGACGGAUGGACGAGUUGAUCGUGUUUACUUCCCUCCCUCUCCCAUAAGGCCUUCAUUCCACCUACCCAUGCCGCCAUCAAGACCGUCCCAUCUCUCUGACGGAGCGGGCGAUGUAAGUGAUGUACCAUCAUUGCAUUUAUCAACCUCCCGCAGUUCCAUGGGCAGCUCGAAGGGGUAUUCACCAUCCACCCCCUCAAUGGCAGUCACCCCCCCAGAGUACAUAACUGACUCGCCACCGCUCUCUAUCAUCGAUGAGAGGGGGCAUGAGGAACAUUAUCAUUGGGCGGAACAUACUCGUAACCCUGGCUUCACGGCGGUAUCCGAUCGAAGUGACUUGCUCCCUCAGAAUGGGCUGUCAAAGAGGAAACCACCAUUAGAGCGGAGCUUUACUGCAUCGACAACCUCCGUAUCAUCCGAUCCUUUGUCCUUAGAAUCUGAACGACAUCCGCCUAUUGCCCCUGUUUCUGGGAAGAAGGGUGGUGGUUUAUCGCGCCUGUUGAAAUUGGGAAAAGGGGAUGACCACAAUUCCUCAGCGCUGGACCAAGCGGAAGAAAAGAAGCGGAAGAAGGAGGCAGCAAAGAUAAAAACUGAAAGGUUGGCUCAGGACCUUAGGAAACGUGAACUCGCGCGCAGGAGACAGCAGGAGGACAGUAUGUCGUUGAGCUCUAAUGAACGGAAAAAACAGCAAGAUGGUCGUGCGAUGUAUGGUGGUAUGGCAGGUUUCACGUUGUAG